GUUUGAUCCAAAUAUAAGCUUUAUCGUUAGGGUAGGUCUAACUUUGUUUGUUCCACUUGUUGAACCCAAGAACAUCCAUUUCAAAUACCAAAGUGACUUUCAUAAAAAUAAAGAUAUCUCGAAAAGGUAAACAUCUUGUCAGACAAGAAUUGAGAAUUCAGGAAUGCUGUUAACAUAAUUGUAGCGGUGGGCAUUUGGAAGGGGAAAAGCCUUGAAGUAUAUUAAGUAGACGAUAGUGCUUAAUACCUAGCAAACCAUCAUGAAAAUCUUUUUUGGAUGUCGGAAAGUGGAGAAGGAAGUAGGGGUGAGCGGACGGGAAACUCUGAAUGUUGUGAUCAUCUCCUUCAGUUUUUUCUUUGUGUUUACGGCAUAUCUAGCACUCCAGAACCUUCAGAGCAGUCUAAACCAAGAGGAGGGACUGGGAAUAACAUCACUCUCCUGUCUGUAUGGUUUCAUAAUCCUGUCGUCCAUUCUUGCACCAUGGAUUAUAAAAUCACUUGGAAUCAAAAUUUCUCUUCUUAUUUCGUGGAUAGCCCACAUGCUUUACACUUGCGCCAACUUUUAUCCGACCUUUGCUACUCUUCUUCCGGCAUCCAUUCUCCUCGGACUAAUAUCUGGACCAAUGUGGACCUCCCAGAGUGUUUUCAUAUCCACAAAUGCCUACUCGUUCUCUGACCUGAAUAAAGCCGACACUCACGCCGUCCUCAGUCGUUUGAAUGGGAUAUUUUUCACAUAUUACGAACUCACUCAAAUUUCCGGAAACCUGGUGUCGUCUUUCGUGUUAAAUAGAGACGAAUACAAUUCAACACCAGCAUCAACACAGUGUGGUUGUAAUGACUGUCCUGAUGUUGCUUUGGAAAACGGGACAAGUAAAAUCGUAGAACCAUCUUCAAGCACAGUUUACCUCAUGCUUUCAAUCUUUCUAGCGUUUGAUCUCCUUGGAUUUUUGUGUACAGUAAUAUUUUUACCUUCAAUUCCAAAAAGUGAAUGGGCUGAACAAUCUAAUACACAAGAAUCAAUCACAGCCUGUUUCUCCGCUUUAUGGGACCCCAAACUUGUCUUGCUUGUACCGUUUAUUUCGAUAAUGGCAAUGGAACAAGCUGUGUUGUGGACUGAUUUUACCAAGUCUUACAUAAGUUGUCCCUAUGGCAUACAAAUGAUAGGCUUUGUAAUGGCGAGCUAUGGCUGUGCUACCACCGUAAGUGCCUUCGUGACGUCAAGGGUAGCUAAGUACACUGGUAGAUAUAUCCUUUUUGGUAUUGCUGUUUGCAUUGACAUGGCCAUCUUUGUCUUACUGUUUGUCUGGGUACCUAAACCAGACCAGAAGGAGUACGUCUAUGCCCUUGCUGUAGUCUGGGGCCUAACAGAGGGGAUAUUUCAAACUCAAUCGAAUGCACUGAUAGCAUUACUUUUUCCGGAGAAGACGGAAGCUGCUUUUGCAAACUACCACUGCACUAAGGCUGCAAGCUUUACUGUGUACUUCGUCAUCAGUUUAUACUUGUGCGUCAAAAUCAAACUGAUCAUCGUCAUUGGUUUGCUUGCUGUUGGGUCGUUAUUGUAUAUAGGCGUUGAAGUUCAAGUACAUAGAAGAAGGGAAACCGAAAAUAAGUGAUUAGAAAUUUGUUCAGAAUAUUUUCAAAUAUAUACUUUAGUGGUCUUUACCUCACAGCUUGUAAACUAAAACAUUUUGUCCUUCUUACUAUGGAAGUAAGUGGAUGAAUCAGAUCCAUCGAGUGCUGUCCGACAAUAAAUUCGAGAAGUGGUG